AUGGGCUGCGCAUCCAGCAGCGACGCCCUGCCAAUCCUGGAUGGCCUCGUUCUAGCGGCUGCUGCAACAGGACCAGCCGACCCAGGCCAAGCAGCCAAGCGGCCAAGCCAAAGUGCCUCCCCCCAGGUCCGCGGCUCCAUCUUGAUGGAAAUCCCCGCCAAAUCACGGCCAGUGUGGCGCGCGAGCCCAGACCGAGACGAGAGACGAGACGGCGCGGCACAGUGCGCGGCUAGCAGCGCCGGUCCCUUGCUGGUUCCUGUCAUCCACCAUGUGCCAGACACGCUGUGCGGGAAAGGCUCUCCAGGGCAGCGAGCGUUGCAGGACAGUCUGAGCAACCGACGGGAGCACGGCGUGCGACAAUCCUGUGAGACCCAGAAAAAGGUUCAUGUUCUUUCGCGCACAAGCAGAAGGCACUUGUCGGCCAAAGCUGACCUGGUCGGCGCGACUGUAUCGCCCAGAUUUACUUUGCUUGUCUUCACACAUCCAAGUAUUGCAGAUGCUGUGAUUAUAGAAAUCUCACCUACUCAGGCUGAUUUGCUGCGGCGGACACCAUACAACCUCAACCUCCGAGGCACCUUGCAAUACGACCGGUACGAAAGCACGACCUAA